AAAGAAAAGGAAAAAUGCUAAAUACUCAUAAAAGUUCAUUUGAUUGAACUAAUUCCUUUAAGUUUGUCCUACUCAAACCAAUUAAUUAUUUUCAGCAUUGUGGUUUAGUGUUUGCUGCUCUGAAAACUCUCUUCAUGCAGUCAAGAAAAACAAUCAUUCCCUUUAUUUGGUCAAUCAAAAAUAGUUUCUCUUUGCAUGUGGCCAGCAUCUAUAUUAGUUGUACGUUUGAGACAACAAAGACAAUUGCAGAGGUGUAAAAAUAGCACAUGAAUGAUUUUUCUUUUCAUAAUUUUCCAAAAAUUGUGCUUAGUGAUACUUAAGUUUUGAAACAAGAUUUUUAGUGGGGAUGCUAGUGCUAGGGGAUUGUUCUGUCCUUGCCAUUCAAGAUCAUUAAAUCACAACUUCAAAGUAGUUUAGAUGGUGGUUAGUAGUGUUUUAUUUGUUGCAUGCCUCUCUGUUUGUAUUUUGGUUUAAUUAGUUAGUUGUUCUUUGCCAGUGCCUUUUAUGAUUCACAAAAUGAUACAAGACACCAGUUUUGCUACACAUUUUGUCAAAACACAUUUUUAGCACUUCCAGUGUUUAUGAAGUUACUGUGUUUUGACUAAAUGCCGCAUUGGGUACUAAACACUAUUCAUCAAGACAUUUCGGGAAGCUGCAUAUUCAAAACAUUGCUCAUACCUGAUUUGCAUCUUGUGAUUGUCCUUGCUGAAUAUUAUUCAACUUCUUUGCACACUUGACUUCAUAAUAUUGUUAUUAAUUUGAAUUCAUAACAUUGUACCAAAUUCCUUUGUAUAUUACUGAGAUGUGCAGACCUUCCUCAGGGGAGAUCCUGUCAAUAUUCUCUCUCUCCCUCUCUUCCUUCCCUUCCCCCUAUGUUUUGAAUUCUCUCUACUUUUUUCUUUCUUUUCCAUUUGUUCCCAUUUAAUACCCCCACAACAUACACUCAAACGGAGUUAACUUUUUCUAUUUUCUUACUUUUUUUUUUCUCCAUCGUUCCCUUUUGCUAUGAUUCUCUCUCUUUCCCAUUUCUCUCUCUCUGUAUCUUUCCCCCUCCCUCCACUCUCUCUCUCUCCCCUCCCUCUCCUGUUCUCUUUAUCUCCUCCCCUCUCUCCCUCGAUUUCUCUCUUACCAUUUGCUCUCUCACAAUACCCCCCUCCCUCCUCACUGGCAAAGGCUUCUCUUCUCCUCCCUCAUCCCUCCAUUUUCUCUUCUUUCACAAUGCUUCUCUCUCUCUCAGCCAUUUUAAAUGGAGGUAUAUCUACUUAUCUUAAAUCCAUUAAAAAUCAAUACUUGCUCAGUAAUCGUGACUUAAUGAGAAUUAAGGUGUAAUUAUAUCCCACAGUUAUAAAUUAAGUUUAAUCACUAAUGAACAAUGAACCUCAUUCAUGAAAACCAGUAGAAUGAAUGGUUCAUAAAACCGUUCAUCCAAAAGCUUAAAAAUGCUGCCUUUGGAGGAUGCAUUCCAAGGUAGGAAGGCAUCAAGGCAUGUCCGAAUCUAAUUUUAGCUUCACUUCCUAUUUCCUGAGAUACAUUAAUUUGAUUGAUUUUUGAAGGCAGCAUAGAUAUAUCCUUUGCGUCCUUUGAAAUCCCACGAUUCUGUGCCUUCCAUUCUGUGACAGUUGAGCCCAAAAUUAAAGAUGGUGUCUGAAGGUUGCGGUUGGUGAUCAGUCUGUGUGUAAAUGUAUGUUUUUGACCAACGGUUUCCACUUUUAAUGUCAUUUCUAUUGAGAGAUCCCUAUUGUAGUAAUUAAAUAUUUGCUUAGUUUUCACAAAAAGCUCUCCUUUUUUUUUAUUGUAGAUCAUUAAACUGCUAUGCUGCCUCAAAAGUCUGCCCGAAAUCAGUUUCAAGAGGUACCAUGUCCAAACACUGCCUGCAAAGUUAUUGCGUAAUAGGGCAGCGAGGUUGCAAAGUUUUUGGACACAGCAUAGCACAGCUUCCCAUACCUUAUUGCUUAAUUGUUUACUAAUUGUGGUUUGAAUUUAACUGGAUGUCAAAAAAAAUGUACCAAAAUCUACAUCCUGUUAUUAGUGAUUUUGUCCAUAACAAGUUUGUUUGUUGAAGCUGUGAUGUAACCAUAUGUAGCAACAGAUCUUUUCUUCUGUAUUGUGAUGGACAUCCGAGUAAAAUGGAUUAUAAAAAAAGAAGUACAGCAGCGAUUUGGUUCAAUUCAUUGGUUGUUGAUUGGAUAUAGGCAGAUUGUAAGAAAGGGAUGAGUGUAUGCAGACCAAAUGAUUGGAGCAGCAUACACCACCAGAAAGAAGUCUGUGCUUUCAUUGGAUGAUCGAGUUAUGACAUUUUGAAGAACAGCGAAGCAUAAAUGCAUCAUAAUAGCUUGACAGUAAAAAAUGGAUUCUUGUGUCUAAGAACAUAAAUGCAUAUCGCAUAGUGUCUGCUGAGCAUUAAAACAGAGAGAUAUGCUGAACGCUUCUGUUUCUCAGGGUUCAGGCCAAAAGGUCCUCGUCUGGCACGGAGUCUCUCAGAUGCACUCUCAUGCGCUCUCAGCCUCUGUUCUGUCAGCCUGCUAAACAAACUUGAAGCUGUCGGAUGAUUUCCUUUUUCCCCUCUGCUUAUACAUAUCCAUUUUGUACUCCUCUUUAAUUUGAUCAGAUUGUUUUAUAGAAUGUUUUCUGUAUUUCUUCUAAAAUACUUGCAGCUCCCAUCUGUUUUUACGCUCUGUCAAACACAUCUUCUCUUUGUGUGCUCGCUGUGAUGUACAUGUAUGCCUAUAUGUUUAUGGCUGAGCUCACAUUUUCACAGCAUGAAUGUUUGUGUUCUCAAAUGUGUUUCGCAAGUGUAUGCAAGAGAGAAUGUCUGAGCGAGACAGUUGGAGAGGGUAAGGGGAAAAGAAAGAAAGAAGGAAAGAAAGAAAGAAGGAAAGAAAGAAAAAGAGGGGGAGGGAGGGAAUGAGUGAGUGAAGGAAAAGAGCACUGUAUGUGUGUGCUUGCUUGCACCAAAGAGAGAGAGAGAGAGACAGAAAAAGAGAGAGAGGAGAGUGGGGGAGGGGAAAGCAGAGAGAGAAAAAGAGUGAGAGAGGAAAAAGAGAGCACACAUACACAGAGAACAGAGAGAGAGUACGAGAAACACAGAGGAGAGAGUGUCUGUUUUGGUCCAGAGAACAUAUAAUGUAUGAAGGGGAGGGCAGCGGGUGAAUUCAAACCUGUGACUCUGCCUCAGGAUGAGAUCUCUCAAACACCUGAAGCCACAGACCAAGAAAAAUGUGGAGGAGAAGACACAGCGGCUGGUCAGAUGUUAUUCUGAGGCCAUGCACCAGCAGAUGGAUGCAGGCACACAGACAGACCCUGUGGUGGUCCUGUCUCUGGCCCAAGCAGCUGUGUUGGGACUCAUCUCACAGAACGAGGUCUUUGGCGCCACCAUCGCCCCCAACGGCUUCUACACCGGAGACCCCAAAGAGUCCCCCGCUCCGCCAGGUGAGAGAAUGGACUACGAAUACGCCGACCAGCUUAUAGGAGCCAACGGCGACUAUCUUGGAGAGAAUUUGGGCGAGGAUGGGCACAUGCACUCCAGCUGUGCCGAGAGAAGGUGGCAGGGGCAACCCGAGAACAGCAAACCCUCUGUAGAGCACCAAGACAUGGCAUCACACAUUAAAGGAGAGGCUGUGACCCGGUUGCCCUCCUGCACUCACAUGAUGAAUAACAUGGUGCCCAGAGAAGGCAUGCAGAUGGUGGACCCCUCCAGCUACAGGGUCCUGCCCAAACCCCAACCCAACAACUGCUGCUCCACCUGCGUCAGAGACCCCAAGAAUACGCACCCUCCGACUGACCAACAUUUACACCCUCAUUCCCACAACCACACACCUCAUGAGGUUCCUUCACGCAACAGGAGCCACGCACAUGAAAAAGGAGUAGAUGAGGUAACUGAAGACAGGGACAACGGGAGAAAUGGCAUGGGGAAAGCAGGAAGCGGUGGCGAGGAAAUUAGCAGCUAUUUUCAGGCUAACGAGGUCAGCUAUGAGGGCGGCGAGAUGGAAGGGGUAGGGGACUUCGAUGAGAACAGUGAGGGGAUGUUCUGGGCAGAGCCCGUGGAAGGAGAGGCACCCCGUGGCCGCCGUAUCGACCGACUGGACAUUAACAUCCAGAUCAAUGAGUCGUACUGUGUGGACGUUGGUGAGGGCCUGAAGCGAUGGAAGUGCCGCAUGUGUGAGAAGUCAUACACCUCCAAGUACAAUCUGGUCACGCACAUCCUGGGCCACAAUGGCAUCAAACCACAUGCGUGUCCACAUUGCGGCAAACUCUUCAAGCAGCCCAGCCACCUACAGACGCACCUGCUGACACACCAGGGCACACGGCCACACAAGUGCACUGUCUGCAAGAAGGGCUUCACCCAGACCAGCCACCUGAAGCGGCACAUGCUGCAGCACACUGACGUUAAGCCCUACAGUUGUCGUUUUUGUCGUCGUGGUUUUGCCUACCCCAGUGAACUCCGUGCUCACGAAGUAAAGCAUGAACGAGGCCGGUGCCACGUCUGCUCACAGUGCGGCAUGGAGUUUCCUACCUAUGCCCACCUGAAGCGUCAUCAGGUGAGCCACCAAGGACCUUCCACCUUCCAGUGUAGCCAGUGCAACAAGUCGUUUGCCUACCGCAGCCAGCUGCAGAAUCACCUGCUGAAGCACCAAACGCAGCGCUCCUUCUCCUGCAGUCAGUGUGGCCUGCAGUUCCUUCAACUGCAUCAGCUACGCCAACACUCCCUAACACACAAGACAAACAAGCCUCAGGCCCGCGCUACUAAGGGAACAAAGGGGUUUAAGUGUGACGUAUGUGCCCGAGAGUUUACAUUGUCUGCAAACCUAAAGAGGCACAUGUUAAUCCAUGCCAGUGUCCGGCCAUUCCAGUGUCAUGUGUGCUUCAAAUCUUUCGUCCAGAAACAGACCCUCAAAACUCACAUGAUUGUACACCUGCCUGUGAAACCCUUCAAGUGCAAGGUGUGCGGGAAGUCAUUUAACCGAAUGUACAACCUCCUGGGCCACAUGCACCUCCAUGCAGGCAGUAAGCCCUUCAAAUGUGCAUGCUGUUCGAGUAAAUUUAACCUGAAGGGCAAUCUUAGCAGACACAUGAAGGUCAAACAUGGAAUGGACGUCUCUCCAGAUGGACAAGAUGGCCCACCAGACAUGGAGCCUCAUGAGGACUAUGAGGAUGAGAACUUCAAUUUUACAGCACCAGAGAAUAUGGAAAACAGUGAUGCACCGAACCUAACUAAGCUCUCUGAAGUGGCCAUCCAGGAACUUGACUAUUAUAAUUUUGGGAAGGAUGUGGGAAACUACAGUACAGCAUAAAAUAUUUUGAAUUAAAGUCAAGCUGAAUAAAUGUUAAGGAACAAAUGACCUGUGCUGGCACUCAUCAACCAUGAGUUGAUUGAGAUGUUCCUCCAUGAGAACCAAUGAUCACCUUUUUGGAGUUGCUCACCUUUGGUAGUUGGAGGCCAUCUUGACCUCCUGGGGUUGAUCUCAUGGGGUAGCCACUGAAACGAUGGAACGAUAGUUUGCAAAGAGUCCUUUAACUCUUUUCAGCUCUAACAAACAUCAACGCUGUAUUUUUAGUAUGUUGUGGAUCACAUGGUUACAUUAAUACCUGAUAAAUUAGCAUCAUGACAUGCAGGUGCAGGGUGUGUAUUAAUUUGUGUAAAUUAAUACACACCCUCCUCCAAAUAUAAUUUUGGUUGGGAAUAUGGAAAUAGGAGGUGCAUGCAGCCUUGUGGCCUUCAUCGGUGUGGUACCUCAGAGCAGUCUAUUGUAUUAACUUGAGUUAUUUUCAUUUAUAUCGCCUUCACUUACAGUAACUCCAAGAAACACACCAAGAGAUUUCUAGUGUAAAAGAAAAAACCUGUAAGGCCCAUGUAAAUGGUUGGAUAUCUGCAUGAGUAGAUAGGGUUGUGUGGGUAAAAAAAAAACAACAACAAAAAAAGUGUGAGCGUGUGCCUGGGCCCUGGCUACCAAAGCUAAAGCUCUUCAUCUGGUACAGGACCAUAUGCCCAUUCCUGAGCACCACUACUGUUGCCAGAAUUAAACUAAUCUAAAGUUUGGUUUAACAACUUUUGAAUGGAAAAUUACUGUUCCUUUGUAUUGAUUUGCUAUUUAUUUUGCACUUUGGAAAAAUCAAUUACUUAUGAUGAGCCUCUUUCUUCACUGACUGUUUGAGUUCUGGUUUAACUAAAAGAGAUAAAGCCUGUCACAUCCAUAGUAAACUGUUUCUCAAGGCAACUCUGCAGAUUCUUAAAUAAACCUGUUUGUUUUUUAAGUUUA